CGUUGUCGAGGCAACAUCGCGUCGCUUGCGCGCGCCACCGCGUGUGUAUCCAAUCGACAUAAUAAAAUAUUAAAUCGUGUUAUGUGUACAGUGUUUGCUAGUGAACCGGAAAUGUUGAUGCAACUGUGAUCAAAAAGUUAUUAUAAUGGCACUGAAAAAGGAUUUCGAACUGAACAAGAACAUAUUCAAAAGCGUGAAAAUUCAAAUACCCAAACCCGUGAAGAUACAGCAGGCGAUAGACAAACUAUUCAAAAGGAGCAACUACGAGAAAAUAGUGCAAAGUUAACUUACGCUAACAGUUUAGUAGUAACAGGCAUAGUUGAUUAAAUGGCCGGUGAAGUUAGUGCAAAUAUUAGUAGAAGUAGAAAUAAUAGUAGUCGCACCGAACCACAACCGCCCGAUCGGAACAAAUCGCCUAAUUUUAUAACAAAUGAAACAGAAUUCGUUGGCAGAGGAGACAUAUUGAGGUCGUCAACACCAAUAAACAAGCACAGAAGAAGUAGAAGCAGAAGUAGUAGCAGGAAACUAGCAGCUUUAAACUUGUCCGCUGAAAACUUUUACGAGGAUUUAGAGGAAUACGUUAGAGAAAUGUCAGCGGUAAGACAGAACGGUAGUAUGGACGGAGAACAAGAACUGGACGUGUGGAGUCAACUCCAACAGAAGGAGUCAGAUCUUCUGUUGGCAGCUGAACUGGGAAAAGCACUCUUGGAGAAGAACGAGGAAUUGAAGAAGGAGCAAGAGCGUGUCGCCGAGGAGUACGGCAAAAAAGUCGAGGAAUUGGAGCAAGAAAAACAUCUGCUUCGACGGCGGUUGGACACAGCGCAAGGGGAGUACGAAGCGAGGUUACUGGAGCUGCAGAAUGACAUCAGAGAACUCACAACCAAGAUCGACUCACGGGACACAUCAGUUAAACAGCGAGAUGAAGAAAAAGCCAGCCUGAUAGCAGAAUUGACAGCGCAAAAUUCAAGAUUGACAGCGCAACUGAAGCAAUCGUCUGCAGUGGAGGCACAGCUCAUGUCACAGUUGGAGGGGCUGAAGGACCAAUGCUCCAUGAGGAAGACUAGUUUACAGGACCAUGUACACAGUCUGGAGUCACUCAAAGCAGAAUUGGCCCUGGUCAGCGAUAAAAAAGCGGAUCUCGAACGGAGGUUGACAACAUCCCUGCACGACAAAGAAAACCUGAUGCAGCAAUUGGAGGAAGCAAACGACAGGAUUGUGGCUUUGGAGAGGCAGUUGAAAGAACAGGAACACCUCUACCAAAAUACGCUCAAAGAGUUAGAGCGACUCCAAAGAUCUCACGAUACUCUGGCUGAAAGGAUCGGAGCACCAGAUCCUGUCGAUACGACAGACCCUGCCAGGUCCCUCCAUGCUGAAAUGGAAGCUGAGCCAGAAGACCAAGACGAUGGCUGGCUGAGGAGUGAAGCAGUACAAGUGUAUAAACAAUUGAGAGCUUUGGCCUUGCAACUGAAUACAGGCCAUGACGACGAUUCAGGACUGCACUCCGACCUCUCCCUCACGUCCCUGGACGGUGAAGAGGGUGAGACACUCCGCCGAGGCGCACUCGCCGCCGCCUGCGCGGACGCAGUCGCCGCCUAUGCCACGCUAGAGGGCUCACGCGUCAGAGAUUCGAUAGCGGCGCACGCGCGCCGUGCGUUGGAAAGAGAGAGGCAGAUAGAUGAGAAGAACGAGAUCAUUGCCGAUCUCUCCUCUAAGCUGUCGGUAGCCGAAGUGGAACUUCGCGCGGCUGCUGAAGAACGGGACAAACUGCUCAACGACGCGAACUACAACAGCCUCCAGAACGACGAGGCGGUGACGCGGGCCAGGCAGGAGCGCGACGAGGCCAUCGAGAGGAAGAAGACUGCUGAGGUGGCCUUGGCUAAAACCAGAGUGGAACUGAUGCAGGCCAACAGCCAGUUAUACGAAGCUGUCAGGCAGAAGGUGGAUCUUGGACAGCAGCUCGAACAGUGGCAGAUGGACAUGCAAGAGCUGAUCGACGAGCAAAUGAAGCACAAGCUUACCACACAGGAGAAGCGGAGGAAAUUUCCCGAGCAGCCAGCCCCCACCAGAACCUCUCGGAUCCUCGGAUUUUUUCAGCGGUGAUCUGCUGUACCCAACUCUUGGUGCGCCUACUCUAUGAAGCCAUAGACAAAAAUACCAUAUCAACCGUUUACUUUUUAAUAUUAAAAAAUUACUAUCCACUCAUAUCCUCCGCUGCGUUCACUUUGUUUUUAAUUUUUCAAAAAAAGAAUUACACAACGGUCGCCGCGUCCGCCAUCUUGAUUUUACAUACGGACGCUUUUAACACAGCGGCAAUUUUAGGCUAUAUUCUUAUUUUAUUUUAUAAACCGUGUGAUGUUUACACAUUUGCAGUGAUAGCUAGUUUAAUUAUUAGUACAUUAUUAGUUACUUUGCGUUUUACUAUUAAUAUUUCUUUGAGUUUAUUAUAGGAGUCACUGUAAAAAGGACACGAACGUUCGAUUUUUAAAUAUAGAUCACAUUGGUAAAUAGAAUGGACAUUGUUUGAAAAUAGAACAGUCAACUUUUUUAGAUGUUAAAGACAAACAUUGGAUUGGUUAAGGCGGAUUUGGUACAACAGAAUGAAAUUUUAUGAACGGACAAAACAUAAUACCAAGAGGACCAACAUCUUUAUAUGUCCGUAAUUAUCUAUUUUAAAGACAAUACGACACGAAGUUUAAACGACUUUCGAAUUUUAAAAUCAUAGUCAUUCCGCCAUUUUGUUUCACUAUUCCGACUGCCAUUUUGUUAAGGACCGUCUCCAUGAACUAACCUAUCCAUUGCUUUUUAACCUGUAUAUAACACAUUUUGUACUAAGUGAAGAGAUUAUGUAAUAUCUUACUUAAAUUCACUUUAAGUGAAUAUGUUGGUGCACUAAAAAGUUAGUUAUAAAAAAUUAAUAAGUUAAUACAUAUUUGAAAUAGCCAUAUUAUUUACAGUUGAUAUGUACAUGCGACAUAUACAUGAUCUGCUUCAAUUGUAUAAUAUAUAAUUAGUAUAAUAUACCUAUAUUUAGCAAUAGUGAAUUCAUAUUCUUUUGCAAUAUUUAAUUAUAAUAAAAUUUGUACUGUGCCUUAAUUGUGUACCUGGCCUUAAUUUAAUAAGUGCCUUUGAAUUGCAUUGCAGAAUAAAUGCAACGAGUGCCUCAUCACAAUUAUUUAUACCUCAGAAUAUACAAAACGUAACACAAAAUGGCGAUGCGUGUUGCCUUCUCUUUUUAUCGUAUACCAAUAGAUAAAGACAGCAUUUGUUUUUACAAAAAUUAUAAGACAAAAUAACUUGAAAGGUGAUUUAAGCAUAAAAUAACCUACGUAUAUAUAGAUAUUCCAUCGUAGUCUUUUUUUAAAGAACAAUCAAGAAAAAUAAAUUGAAUUCAAUCAAUAAAACCAGCCUGGUUGGAUAUUUGUAGGAGAUUCCUUUGCCUUGAAUUCAAACUUGUUUUAUAAAAUAAAACAUAAUGCGGUCUUAACUUGUCUAUUUUAAAUAUCGAAGUGUAAUUAUGAGAUAGUAGCUUUAAAUUUGUAUUGCGUAUAAUGUUUUGAUGUACCCACCUUUGUGGGCAAUGCAACUAGGUAUAUGUAGCACUCGAGUUGAGGGCGUUUAAAACUUUAGCUCACCCAAGUGUGGCAACAUUGCAUUUAUCUGUCGUAGACAGAUUUUGACGUAGACAGAAUGUAGAUUCAAAAAUAAUUUAACAAUUUUUAAUGUUUCUAAUUGAUUAACAGUACAGUUUCAGAGGAGUUUCCUCCCGCGUAAAGGUCAUGGAAUGAUCUUCCUUCCGAGACUUUCCCUAGUGACUACAGCAUAGGGUUCUUCAAAAAGGGCGUAUAAAGGUUUCUUAAAGGUCAGCAAUGCGUGUGUGACAUCCCUGGUGUUACAUGCAUACAUAUGUAUAGGCUACGGUAACCCCGUUUACCAUCAGACGGACCGUAUGCUUGUUUGUUAGCUUGAAAAAAAAACAUAAAAAGUUCUCAACAAGUAAAUUAAAACAUUACUGAUCCAAUAAUGUUCUUAUUAAGCUGACAUUGAAAAUUUUGGUUUUAACGGCAGAAAUGUAUUUGAAAAAUUCCAAAGCAAAAUAUUAAGCAAAUAAAUAAAUAAACUAGAUACAAAGAUCUUAAUGGUAACUUUAUAUGCAACAUAUUCUAUGAUUAACAUUUUAAUUCGUUAGCAAAUCGCUUUUUAAAUGAUCAGUUUGAAAUAUUAAAAAAAAUACUAAAUUAUUUUUAAUAAUUGACAGAUAAUACCAACGUUGUCUCACUUCGUCGAGUUGAAGUUAUGAACGGUCUGAAAGUGCAUGAUCAAUUAAAAUUGACAAUUUCUAUUAAAGCAAACUAAAAAAAAAUUUUAAAAAAAGUUUAAAAUAAAUUAGAAAGAGAAAGAGAUAGCUUAGUUACUUACAACAGAUUAAAAAUGUUCAUACAGACGCUAAAGUGUUGCCAUGUCGAAAUAAUAUUGAUUGAUUAUUAAUUAAAAAAUGUACCAUUAACAUAUAUAUAGCAAGUUGUAAAGGGCAGCCUUAUAAUUAAAACAAUAAAAUCUGAAAAACAAAAUAGCAUUUUACGUGGAAAGAUAAUCUUUCCAUAGAAUUACCAAAACGACAUCGUAACCUUUAACGGCAUAUUCCUUUUUAAAAGGCCGACAGCAAACCUGUAAUUUCUCCAGUGUUGCAUGCCUCAUGCUCGUUUGCCCAACGUGUUAUAAAUAAGACAUUUCUAUCACACUGCUAUAAACCCAUAAUAUGGAAAUUGGCAAUUUUUAUUGAUCGUGUUAGUUAUGGGAUCUGAUCAAAAUUGAUCUUUCGUAAUUUUCAAACUUAUUAUAAUAUAACAUAAAUAUAACAAAUUUCGUAAUUUUAAAAUAUUGCAAACAUCUGACAGACGUACAAUCGAACUAGUGCGUACGAGCCAUAUCCAGAGGGAGACUUUGUACAAAAGUCGAUUGCUUGGGUACCUCUGUCCCAUUCGUGUUUCAACCGUGAAGCAGUUGUGCUUGCAUGGUUGUGUUUCGGUUUGAAGGCUGGGAUAUGGCGUGAAUUUACUAGGUACAGAGGAAUAACACCUGAGUCCUCAGGAAUGGCAACGCAUGGGGGGUAUUAUGGGCGAAACAGUAUACUCUGUUAUGUCCAUGGUACUGCUCAUGUCUAUAGGCGACAGUUAUCACUUUCCAUCAGGUGGGCCGUCAGCUUGUUUGCCAUUCUAAAGCCAAUAACAGCAAACAAUUAAAUAAUAAUAGCGGAGUCAAAACGAUCGGCGUGACCGAAAAUGGUAAGGACUCGUCAUAGUCAUCACUUAACUUAGUUAUAAUGACUUAUGUAUUAAUAAUAAUAUUUAUUCAGACAACAUAAGGUCCAUUUUGUUAGUUAUAAUUUACUUAACCUGUGUUAGUAAACCAGCGGUCAUAACAUUCUUAUAUUUAUAACCUGUCUUACCCAAUAUUUUAGGAUGGGACAGUCCAUUUUUCCGGAAAUUGUCUCCAAGACAUUAUCUUACGUUGAUAUCCUGUUCCAGCCAAUAUUUUAGGAUAGGACAGUCCAUUUUACCGGCAAUUGUCUCCAAGACACUAUGUUACGUUGAUAUCCCGUUCCAGCCAAUAUUUUAGGAUGGGACAGUCCAUUAUACUGGCAAUUAUCUCCAAGACCCUACUUACGUUGAUAACCUGUUCCAGCCAAUAUUUUAGGAUGGGACAGUCCAUUUUACCGGCAAUUGCCCCAAGACACUAUCUUACGUUGAUAACCUGUUCCAGCCAAUAUUUUAGGAUGGGAUAGUCCAUUUUACCGGCAAUUAUCUCCAUCUUACGUUGAUAUCCUGUUCCAGCCAAUAUUUUAGGAUGGGACAGUCCAUUUUACCGGCAAUUAUCUCCAAGACACUAUCUUACGUUGAUAACCUGUUCCAGCCAAUAUUUUAGGAUGGGACAGUCCACUUUACCGGCAAUUGCCUCCAAGACACUGUUUGAGCUAACACGUACCCUGCGUAAUAGUGAAACAAUUCUUUUGCCCUAUAUUGCGUAAAAAUAAUCCAGUACGCUCUCGUAAACAUAUUGGAUACACUAUAGCGGUGAUAUGAAGUUGCGAUAGAUAUUCUGAUCAGAUCCCAAGACAUAUUAAAAAUAGUGGCACAGACAAAUCUUAGUUUUAGUAAUAACACAUAAAAUAGAUUCCGUUAUUUCAUUACGAUAGGCUUAGAGGACAUUUAAAUAUUUUUUAUUAAUUUAUUAUUAAGACUGAACUAAUUAUUGAAAUAUAAAAAGUAUUAAUCCUACAUUUUUGUAUUUCUACUCUUUGGUGUUUUAAGAAUUUUUCAAAAUAGGGUAUAAAUCCCUAAUCAUUUAAAUGUUCAUUUUAAUUUGUAUAAAACGAAAUAUAAUUACGCAUUAUAUGUAUAGUUUUACUAUAAAGUAUAUAAUAUUAUAUUUAUGAUAAAAAAACAAAUGUUUCUAAAUCACUCGAUUGUUAGGAUGUAAAUUUCAUAACGAAUAUAGAUUAAAAAUAAAUAGAGUACCCACACAGUAAAUAGUAAAUUACUUAAUUAAAAAAAAUAUAUAAUUUUAAAGUGAAGACAAUUUAAAGUACAAUACAUAUAGUGCUUUACGUUUUAACACAAAGUUAUAGAUAAAUACUUAAUUUCAUUAUUUUAAUAGAUAGGUAACUAUCUACCUAAUUAGAUUUUGCAAAUAUGCAGUUUCGUGCCUGCUGAAGUAUCAAUGUAACGUAGUUAACUUAGAUCUUUGAAAAAAAAAUUUGCUAAAUAUGUCUUUGGUCUUUUAAAAAAAUGUAAAUUGAAAAUAAACCGCGUAGAUCUGAUAUAAAAUAGGUAAUGCUUGAAUUUUCUAAAUAUUUAUCAUUAAAACAGUUCAUUUUCAUGUAAAUAACUGGUUUAAAUAAAUAGCUAUCAAACGAAUCAAAUCGUCCAACGCUCUUGGGCUUUUUUAAAGCAACAACAAUGCAUUUUAAUGUUAAAAUACAUAAAUUGACUUACAUAUAUUUUAACCGAGAAUGUUCAGCUAGUUUCGGUGCCAUCCGGGACCCUUAGUCAUGAGCGGCCGUAAAGGAUGGUACUAAAACUAAUCGAAAUUAAUUCGAAUGUUCUUGCAUUAAAACGCAAUGUCUACUUACGAAACUUAGCAAUGCAUUUAUUUCCCAGUCAUUUCUACGUGAUUAUUUUUAAUUUUUAUAUUAUUAAUAGCGCCUACAAACGCAAAGCACGUACAAGCGGUAUUAUAAAUCAGCUGCGAUUUUCACUCGACUAUAAAACAAUGUAUAUAUAUAUAUAUAUAUAUAUAUAUAUAUAUAUAUAUAUAUAUAUAUAUAUAUAUAUAUUGCUUUAUAUUACCCAUUCCUACUUUUAAGGGAGCAUACUACUAAAGAAAUGGAACAUUUGUCCCAAAUAUACUAAAAACAAAAAGGGACAAUUUAUAGCCUUCAAUACUAAAUCCACUGUUGGAUAGUUGUUAGUAUUGAAGACUCGAAGUUUUAUGAUCUAAUUGCUCUCUCAAAACAGUUGCAGUGCAGUUGCAAUGUGUGACGGCUCUUACAUAUACUCAGGAAUUUACAGGGUACAGAGGAAUAACACCUGAGUUCUCAGAAAUGGCAACGCAUGGUGUGUAUCAUGGGCGAAACAGUAUACUCUGUUAUGUCCAUGGUACUGCUCAUGUCUAUAGGCGACGGUUACCACUUUCCGUCAGGUGGGCCGUCAGCUUGUUUGUCAUUUUAUGAUUGUAAAUUGCAUAAAAAGAACUCGUAUCUUACUGUAUCUAAUCUCAGUGUAUGCAGGCGAUUAUUUUAUUGAUUUUAAAGUAGGCACAUCUAAUUUUAAUGCUACUGUUGAGUUUUUUUGGUCCAUAAAAUUAUGUAAAUAUCGACAAUUGGAAUACUAUGUUUUUUUUCGUAAAUAAAUCUAUAUUGUAGCAAUGUAUUGUGAUGAAUUAAUUUUUUUUUUAAGCACAAAAAUUAUGGCUAGUAUAAUUUCUUAGUCAUUCCAUUAAUUUCUCUGUUAUAUGAUAUUGAAUCUAUUUUGUGGCAGACUUUAGAGACAAUUACUGUUUAUAUUUCAAAUGAAAAUAUUUUUAAAUUGCUUACACUUUUAUUAUUCAAUAAUUUACUUACUAACAUAUUAAAAUAGGUUCUUUUUUACUAUGAAAAAAAUUGUUGAGUUACAUUAAAAUGUGUAUUUUAAAUUUUGCAUUCAUUGUCUACCUAAUCAUAAAGAUAAUAGACAUGGGUAAUAUCCGUACCGCGUCGAUAUCUAUAUAUAAGAUUCAUCUCGUAAUUGGCGGUGGAAAUAACGUCAUCGCCCAUUUCAAUAUCGCCUUUACUAGACGAAUAUUUCCAUUAAUUUAAAUCGGGUGCUUCAUUUCAAUAUUAUAUUUUGGACGACCGAUAUGUGACAUAUCUUUAAUUAGGCCAAUAUAUAGAUAUUGUACCUAUAAUAUAUACUAUAUAUAUAUGUAUAUAUAUGUGUGUAUAUGUAUAUAUAUAUAUAUAUAUAUAUAUAUA